GGGGAUGAUGAAUUCAACCAGUACUCCUACAUUGUAUUGCUGGAGCUGGUGAUUGACAGGUAAUUCCAUUUUUGAAGACCAGAUAUCUAAAUUGAAAGAGGAAUUAGCUGCACAACUGGAAAGUUUGAAUACGCUGGAGAGGGAGAAAGGCGGUCUGGUGAAGAUGGUGAAGGCCUUGCGGACAGCAGAAGAGGCCCACCUCAAGCUGCAGGGAAGGACCCAGCUAUUGGAAAGUCAGAUGGCUGACAUGCAGCUCAGCCUCAACAAAGAGUCUUCCAAGUAUCAGAGCGCUUGCCAUCAACAAGUGUCCAUGCAGGCCCAGGAGAAGUCCUUGGUGGAGAGGAUGGAGACUCUAGACCAGGAGCGGGAGGAGCUGCAGAGCCAGCUGGAGAAGAGCGAGGCGCGGCAGAGCCAGCUCCAGGAUCAACUGAACCACGUGACAGAGGAGAAGAAGACACUGCUGGAUCAGUCCGCCCCCCAGCAGGUCUUGUGCGCUGAGCUCCAGGGGGAGAAGGAUCUGCUGGAGGCUCAGGUGGAAGAGCUGAAAAGCAUCGUGGGGCGUCUGGACGGAGAAGUGAAGGAUCUCAGCCACAGGGAGAGACUGCUGGUGGCCUUUCCAGAACUCGCCACCAUGCACCUGACACAGCCUCAGAGCUCAGGGAAUGUGCUUUUCGACAUGGAGCAGCAAUUAGAGGCCAACCACAUCCGAAUCGAGCUCCUGGAAAAAGAAAAUACAACUUUGCGCAACAGCCUUGUGACACUAAAUGAAAGAUAUAUUUCUACUAUGGGCUCCUCACCUGAAGAACCUAAGUACAGAUCACCACAAACACCUCCUUCGGGGGACCAUCGAGUAGAAACCAAACAGACACAGUGUUUCAGUUCGCCGCAGGGCGGCAGCAGUAGAGCAGCGCAGCUGAAACCCGACCCGCGAAGGGGGGCAGGUGGAGGAGAAGGUGGCCCAGAUUAUAUUGGCUGGGGGGACGAUUUCUCAUCCAUCGCCACCACUCGAGCCAGCCCCACCGCCUCCCGCUCCUCCCCUUCCUCCGCCCUGCUGCUGCUGAACGGGCACAUCCUCCAGAGCAAAACAGGAAGAGGACGAGGUUCCGGGAGAUUCAAAACAUUAGGUCAAACACGCCACGCCUACCUGGCGGACCGUGCUGCAGCAAACCGAGGGAAUAGGUGAAACCUGUCUGUGUGUGUGAAUGUUACUGUCAAUAUUUAAUGUUACACCUCACUGCUACAUUAACAGAGCAUAACCAUUUUCAUGUCAUUGGGUUAUUAUACAUCAAUUCUAUUAUCAAUUAUAUCAAAUUUUUAAUCAGUGUCUCAUUUUAUUUGGUUUUUCGAAAAUGGUUUGACUUCUCGUAGCGUGUAAAUGUUAUGGUGUUGCAUGUGGAUACCUCUAGUGACGCCACAGUGCACAUGUUGCAAAGAGCCCUAUCAGGUAGCAGUGUGCAGUGGUGCAUUAAAAGGACUGGCUUCAGUGAAUGACUUACAUUAGAACUAAAGAACUAGCCCCGAAAGCCUUGGAUGUCACAAACAAUGCCACACAGGUGGGCGGGCAGAUUGGUUAUCAGGCUCUUCUGCUGUGAAAUGACGUUCCCAUGGCAACCUAAGCGCAUGACAUUCGUGCAGUCUUUUUCGUUAACUUUUUGGAGUCGUCUUUCCACAGUGUUUCGAGAGAAAACACGAGAGGGUACACACACACACACACACACACACACACAUUUUCCUGAAAGUUAUAUGUUCCUGUGUAUAUUUUGAGUUUCACUUCGCAGAUGAAUGAUAUUUGCAAAUGGAAAUGUGAGCUGCUGAUUAGUAACCCAAGUAACGUGUGUUACCUGACCGUAUGACAAGCUUCUAAUCAAAUGUAUGAGAGUAACUUUUCAGUGCAAAACAAAUCUCCAAGUACUCAUGUCUGGCAAUAAAUUUGAGUUAUGAUCAAUUUAUUCAACUAAACAUAUCAACUUUGAAUGACUGAUCCCCUGAUUUAGUUGAACACAUUCUCAAGAGGUUAAUCCUUAAAACAGUUAAGCUGCAACAUCAAGCAUGUAAUUUGUCUUGGCAUGUGUCGUUAAUAAUUAUAAAACAAAACUUAUUUUGUGGAUUUUGAUUUUGAAAUCUUAAUUAGCUCACUUAGCAGACAUUGAGAUAAAACAUGUAUAAUUAUGGCAUUGAGCAUAUAUAUACAUACAUAUUGUGUGUGUAUAUUGUAGGAUUCUGCAGUUUGCUAGAAGUCUGCGCCAUGAUCUUGAAUGAUGCUUAAAAACAUUUAUUUAGCAAUACAGUUGUAACGUUAUACAACAGAAAGUUGAGAUUUCAAUGUGAGAUUACAGAGAGUACUAUUAAUAAGUAAGAACAUUUUUGAAGAACUUGCUUUUAACUGUGCUUGCUGGCACAAAUGAUGAACAGCGUUUUAAAUAGGUGACAAAAUACAUACAGACAAGAAGCACAGCAGUGCCAAUGCCGAGCUAACAAUCAAAGUUACAUUGUGCAAUAUUGUUAAAACAUGGUCCUUUGAAACUGACUGUUUUACUUUACAGAACAAUGCCCUAAUACAUUGUUUUUUGUUUAAUCAUCUAUGUUGUGGUACAGUUAGUACAUGCUUAUUUCAUUUGUUUGUCAUUUAAAACACUGAAAUGAUACCAUGUGAACUGUUCUAGUAAAUACGGAACAAAUGAAACCGCAAUCUCGUAUGCUUUGGAAGUCUCGCGCACCUAAACAUUGUUAAGGCCAUUGGUUUUGUGUAUCACAACAAAAAUAUCCAUCACAUAUAUGGAUCAUCUAGAAAGAGUGAUGUUAUAAACGGGUCCCAUCUGGGUGAAAGAGGGCCUUGUCA